CUCACAGCUUGGAGAGAGAGGCACAGAGUGCCUAGAGGACAGUCUUUCUUGGACGAGAUAACAACGAACACUGCACUUUGAAAAAACACAUUUACCUAACAUUCCUAAUCUGCCAGUCCACGUCUUUUUCUUUAUUCGUCGAAUAAUAAAACAAAAAUAGAAUCCCGAAGUCUUGAAAAGGAAAUUGUCUAGGCUAGAGAUCGGUGGCAUUAACUCUACAAUCUAAUGGGUCUGUGAUAUCUAGGACCUCUUAAACCCACUUUUCGUGGUUCUGUCUUUUGAAACAGAGGAAGUAUUGCUUGCAGAGGAGUUUGGUAAAAAACAAAAAAAGGAUCGUUGAUUUGUGUUUACCAUGGGAAAAAGUGAACAGGCUGCGCAUUGUGGAAUAGGACUGGGAUACUUUUUGCAAAUGUACAUCAUACCUGGACUCGCGGUCCUGCUUGUCAUCAGCACCGCUGUGGCUCAAGAGGAUGAUUUCCUUGGAGAGCUGCCUGAAACAUUCCCUUCUGACCCACCAGAGCCCCUACCCCACUUCCUCAUGGAGCCAGAGGAAGCCUACAUUGUAAAGAACAAGCCAGUGAACCUUUACUGCAAGGCAACCCCCGCCACCCAGAUCUACUUCAAGUGCAACAGUGAGUGGGUCCAUCAGAGAGACCAUGUUGUGGAGGAGCGAGUGGAUGAAACCUCAGGCCUGGUGGUCAGAGAGGCGAGCAUUGAGAUUACCCGUCAGCAGGUGGAGGAGCUGUUUGGUCCAGAGGACUACUGGUGCCAGUGUGUGGCCUGGAGCUCAGCAGGCACAACCAAGAGCCGCAAGGCACAUGUACGCAUUGCAUAUCUCAGGAAAACCUUUGAACAGGAACCUUUGGGGAAAGAAGUUUCCAUGGAACAGGAAGUGCUUCUGCAGUGUCGCCCACCUGAGGGGAUACCAAUGGCUGAGGUUGAGUGGUUGAAAAAUGAAGAAAUAAUUGACCCUGCUGAGGAUCUGAAUUUCUACAUCACCAUAGACCACAACCUCAUUAUUAAGCAGGCUCGUCUGUCUGAUACUGCCAACUAUACCUGCGUAGCCAAGAACAUUGUUGCAAAGAGGAGGAGCACCACAGCCACAGUCAUUGUCUAUGUGAAUGGCGGUUGGUCGACCUGGACUGAGUGGUCUGUCUGUAACGGUCGAUGUGGCAGAGGUUAUCAGAAGCGCACCCGGAGCUGCACCAAUCCUGCUCCCCUUAAUGGAGGAGCUUUUUGUGAGGGACAGAAUGUCCAGAAGCUUGCCUGCACCACCUUGUGUCCAGUGGACGGGUCAUGGACAGAGUGGAGCAAGUGGUCCACAUGUGGGACGGAGUGCACUCACUGGAGAAGGAGGGAGUGCAAUGCGCCAGCACCCAAUAAUGGAGGCAAGGACUGCGAAGGAAUGGUGUUACAGGCCCAAAACUGCACCGACAGGCUAUGCAUGCAGAGUUUAUUUUAUCAGAUUUCAACUGAACAGAAAGCCCAGAAUGACUUUGGAUUUUCAUCUGCUCCAGGUACUGAUGAUGUGGCUCUAUAUGUUGGCAUCAGCAUCGCUGUGAUUGUGUGCCUGGUUAUUUCUGUGAUUGUGGCUCUGUUUGUGUACCGCAAAAACCACCAUGACUUUGAAUCGGACAUCAUUGACUCUUCAGCUUUGAAUGGUGGCUUCCAAUCUGUCAACAUCAAGACUGCCAGACAAGAUCUACUGACUGCCCCUCCAGAUCUCACAUCAGCAGCCGCCAUGUACAGAGGCCCUGUCUAUGCUCUGCAUGAUGUCUCUGAUAAGAUACCAAUGACCAGCUCUCCACUCCUAGACCCCCUGCCCAACCUGAAGAUCAAGGUGUACAACUCCUCAGGAAUGGUCACUCCACAAGACGACUUGUCUGACUUUGCCUCCAAGCUAUCUCCACAGGUCUCCCAGGCAUUGGUAGAUAAUGAAACCAUGAACCUGAGGAACAUGAGCUAUGCUCAGCAAAGGGACCCAUCCUGCACCGCAUUCGGUUCCUUCAGCUCUCUGGGUGGCCACCUGAUAGUCCCCAAUUCAGGAGUGAGCUUGUUGGUGCCAGCAGGAGCCGUCCCCCAGGGAAGAGUCUAUGAGAUGUAUGUGACAGUGCACAGGAAAGACAACAUGAGACCGUCAGUGGAGGACAUCCAAACUGUAUUGAGUCCUGUGGUGACCUGCGGACCUCCAGGUGCCUUACUCACCAGGCCUGUCAUCAUCACUAUGCACCACUGCGCAGUGGUCAACACGGAAGACUGGCAGAUCUUGAUCAAGAAUCAAUCACAGCAGGGACAGUGGGAGGAUGUGGUUGUUGUUGGAGAGGAAAAUUUCACUACCCCCUGUUACAUCCAGCUGGACAUGGAAGCCUGUCACAUCCUCACAGAAACCCUGAGUACCUACUGCCUGGUGGGCCAAUCUAUCAGCAAAGCUGCUGCCAAGCGCCUCAAGCUGGCCAUAUUCGGCCCUGUCUCCUGCACAGCCUUGGAGCACCACAUCCGUGUGUACUGCCUAGACGACACACAAGAUGCGCUCAAGGAGGUUUUACAGAUGGAAAAGCAGAUGGGAGGAAAGCUAUUGGAUGAACCAAAGACUCUUAACUUUAAGGACAGCACCCACAACCUGCGGCUGUCCAUUCACGAUAUCCCCCAUUCCGUCUGGAAGAGCAAGCUGCUGGCCAAGUACCAGGAAAUUCCCUUUAACCAGAUCUGGAGUGGAGCUCAGAGGAACCUACACUGUACAUUUAUACUGGAACGGUUGAGUUUGACAACCACAGACCUGGCUUGUAAACUGUGUGUGCGGCAAGUGGAAGGAGAGGGACAGAUAUUCCAACUGAAUAGUACUUUGUUAGAGAACAUUGACACAUCCCUCAUGGACCCAGCCAGCAACAUCACGACUCUAGUGGGACCCAAUGCCUUCAGAAUCCCUCUCUCGAUAAGACAGAAGCUCUGCGGCAGCCUAGACGCUCCUCAAACCCGAGGCAAUGACUGGCGAAUGUUGGCCCACAAACUGAGUUUGGACAGGUAUCUUAAUUACUUUGCCACAAAGUCAAGUCCCACUGGAGUCAUCUUGGAUCUGUGGGAAGCUCAGCACUUUCCUGAUGGGAACCUGAGCACACUGGCAGCUGUCCUGGAAGAAAUGGGGAGACAUGAGACUGUGGUCUCCUUAGCAACAGAACACUGACACAGGCCUCUGUACUUUGAAGAAGAAAGUAUGAUGCACUGGAAACACCAUAGUUACUCACAGAUCAUGACCAAUGAUUUUUAAAGAAAUCACAAAUAAAAAAAAAGAAAUGAAAAUGACCUUGUAUUUGAUCAUGGGAAUUUAGAAUCAUGGCAAAGUCGUGUUUUUCUUAUAAACUAAAAAAAAGUUCCUGUUGUCUCAGCUGUACUUCCCUUGGUACAGUUAUUCUACAGUUUCCUAGGAAACGCUUUAUACUGCUAUCCAUUUUUGUGGAUAAUCUUUCCUAAUCCAGAUUUCUACAGUCUUAAGUGUGUUUAUGAAAUUAAAAUGGGUUGUGGAGUGCAAGACAACAGGAUAUGAGAUAACACCAAGGCCUAUCUCAUCUGCUGCCUCCUAGUUUGGUUUUGGAAUUGGACAACCAAAUACGGCAUUUAAAAUACCAGUUAUAUAUCCAAUUAAUUAAUUUGUUGUUAUUGCAAAUUCUUAUUUAUAUUCUCUUCUCAGCUUGCAUUUUUGUCUUUAGAGAUAUAUGUAUACACCUCUGUAUUAAAACAUAUUUAUUUGCACUUGCUUGAUUUUUUUUAAACACUUUCUACAUCCCAUACAUGUGCUUGUAUUUUUGUUAAAUAGACAAUUCAUUAUUUGCUGUUGCCAUCUAGUGGCCAGUGAUGAGAACUGCACAUUUCUGAAGUAGCUAGUCAUUCAUGAUAUAGUAGCACUCUAUAAAUAUAAAACAGGACAUUACAGUACAUUAUUUUCUAACUUUGGCCUUUG